UGAAGUGAGAGGCUGGAACUGCCCCCCCUGAUAAGUAGCCGGUGCUGGAAAGACUCUUCCCACUUGGAAAGAAGUUUUUCCUCCUUUGGACAUCUGUUGGCGGAGCCUGCAGCCCGACAGAGGAGAGACGGGUCCCAGCAGCAACUCCUGACAUUUCUCUUACUUUCCAGAGGAGGAGGCUUCAAGCAGGCUGCUCUGAAGCUGGGUCCAUUCACACAGCUGGGGGACAAUUUAAUAGACUGAUUGAUGCGCUGCUGACCCUUCAGGGUGAAACAUGAAGAUAAGGCUGUCACUGGCAGCGGCUGCCUUCCUUGCAGCCCUGAUAUCCUGCAUAGAUGCUCAAGUGGAACCACCCUCAGACUUGAAAUUUAAAAUUGUAAAUGAGAACACAGUGGAAAUGUCAUGGAUAAGGCCAUCGUCAACGAUACAGGGCUUCAGAAUACUCGUAACGUCAGAUACAGAUGAACCAACCAGAGAGUUAAACCUGGGUGCGACCGUAACUUCAACAGCAAUCUCUAAUCUGACACCUGACUUGGAUUAUUCAGUGUCAAUUAAUUCCUAUUAUGGUUCAGAGGAGAGUCUCCCCAUCUUCGGACAGCUUACCAUCCAGUCCAGUAACACCAGUGGACGAGUCAGGAGGCCACCGUCAGAUGCAAUCAAGUGUUCCGUUAGUGCGGUCGCAGAUUUGGCUUUUCUGGUGGACGGCUCGUGGAGCGUGGGCAGAGAAAACUUCCAGUACAUCCGUAGUUUCAUUGCCGCCAUGGCAGGUGCCUUCGAUAUCGGUGCGGACAAGACCCGCGUGGCCGUGGUUCAGUACAGCACAGACACCCGCACAGAGUUCCCCCUCACCACCUACGCCCGGAGAGGAGACCUGCUCCAAGCCAUCAACUCACUGCCAUACAAAGGAGGAAAUACAAUGACAGGCGAUGCCAUCGAUUUCCUGAUAAAAAACAUCUUCACUGAGUCCGCUGGAUCAAGGAAAGGUUUUCCAAAGGUAGCCAUGAUCAUCACUGAUGGAAAAUCCCAGGACCCAGUGGAGGAGCAUGCUAAAAGACUUAGGAACAUUGGAGUGGAAAUAUUUGUCCUAGGUAUCAAAGGAGCAGAUGAGGAUGAGCUCAGGGAAAUUGCCUCCACACCUCACAGCAAACAUGUGUACAACGUGCCCAACUUUGACCUGAUCCAAGAGGUACAGAAGAAGAUCAUCACAGAAGUCUGCUCCGGUGUUGACGAGCAGCUCUAUUCCCUGGCCAGCGGGGAAGAAAUGGUGGAACCUCCCAAUAACCUGCAGGUCACAGAAAUUGCGUCCAAGUCGAUGAGAGUGACAUGGGAUCCAUCUUUGGGGGAUAUCACCGGCUACAAGCUCACUCUUAUUCCCAUGAUACCCGGAAUGAAGCGGCAAGAACUGUACAUAAGCGCCACCCAGACAUCUAUCAAUGUGCGCGACCUUUCUCCGGAAACAGAGUAUGAGAUCAGCUUGUACGCCCUCAAGGGUUUGUCUCCAAGUGAACCCGCCAUGGAUCUGGCAAAGACCCAGCCAGUCAAGGUGUCAACAGAGUGCUCUCUGGGAGUGGAUGUGCAGGCUGACGUGGUGCUGCUGGUCGACGGCUCAUACAGUAUUGGAUUACAAAACUUUGCCAAGGUCCGUGCCUUCCUGGAGGUUCUGGUCAAUUCCUUUGAGAUCGGAUCCAAAAACAUCCAGAUCAGCUUGGUCCAGUACAGCCGCGACCCGCACACUGAGUUUGCCCUCAACACCCACCACGACAUUAAGACCGUGGUCAAAGCCGUGCGCACCUUCCCCUACCGCGGCGGUUCCACCAACACCGGGAGGGCCAUGACCUACGUCCGGGAGAAGAUCUUCCUUCCGGCUCGGGGAGCGAGAGAUAACGUGCCCCGAGUCAUGGUCCUGAUCACAGACGGGAAGUCAUCGGACUCCUUUAAGGAUGCCGCCACCAAAUUGAGGAAUAUUGACGUGGAGAUCUUUGCCGUCGGUGUGAAGGAUGCGGUGAGGGGGGAGCUGGAGGCCAUCGCUAACGAACCAGCGGACACCCAUGUCUACGAGGUGGAGGACUUCGACGCCUUUCAGAGGAUUUCCAAAGAGCUGACCCAGUCCAUCUGUCUGAGGAUUGAACAGGAGCUGCUCAAAAUCAAAAAGAGAAAUCUGCUUCCACCCCAAGACCUACGGUUCUCAGAGAUCACCUCCCGCAGCUUCCGCGCCACCUGGACGGCGCCUGCGGCUGCAGUCCUGUCUUACCUGGUGCGUUUCCGCAAGGCCGGGGACGUCAGUGCCGACUACAUCUCCCUGGCGGUGGCUGGUGACACCACCACAGCCGUCCUUCCCAAUCUAACUCCCCUCACUGCCUACGAAGUAAACGUCUUCGCUCAGUAUGAAAAAGGAGACAGUUUUCCUUUAACCGGCGAAGAGACGACUUUACAAGAGCAAGGGACAGUACGCAAUCUACGAGUCACAGAGGAGACGACAAACAGUUUUAGGGUGUCGUGGCUAGCUGCUCCAGGUCCGGUGAUCAGGUACCGCCUGUCCUAUGUUCCACUAAGCGGCACGGGGGAAAUAAUUGAGGCUCAGACCAUUGGACCAGAGACGACUAUAGUCCUCCAGGAGCUGUUCCCCGUCACUACCUACCGUGUGUCUGUGUCUGCUGAGUAUUCGUCCGGCAUUGGGAGUGAAAAGCAGGUGGAUGGAACCACCAAAGAAGUCCGUGGCUCUCCUCGUGACCUCCGCGUCUUUGACGAGACCCUAUCUACAAUGAAACUGGCAUGGAAGGCCGCUCCGGGGAAAGUCGUCCAGUACCGCAUUGCAUUUAAACCUGCUGACGGAGGAGAGAGGAAGGAGAUAGCUGUCAAGGGAGAUACCACCCAGGCUGUGCUGAAGAACCUCCGACCAGCCACUGAAUAUGAGCUCUUUGUUAGUGCACGCUAUUCCUCUGGGCUUGGAGAUCCUCUCCUGGGUACAGGAACCACAUUAGAAGAGCUUGGCUCACCCAGGGACCUGGUGACCAGAGACGUCACGGACACCAGUUUUGUUGUACUUUGGGCUGCGGCUCCGGGUAACGUUCGCCAGUACCGGAUCAGGUGGAAGUCUCUAUUUACUGAUGAGUCUGGCGAGAAGACAAUACCAGGAGAAACCACCACCACAGUUCUGGAGAGGCUCACCCCAGAGACACGCUAUCAGGUGUCGGUGUUUGCCGUCUACGGGCGCGGAGAGGGCCAGCCCUUGGUUGGAGAGGAAACUACAGACAUCUCGGCAGCUGGUAGAGUAAUUGUUGUCUCGGACGAGACGGAGAGGAGCAUGAAGGUGACAUGGCAACCGGCGCCUGGAAACGUACUCAACUACCGCGUCACCUACAAGCCGCAAGCGGGAGGCCGCCAGCUCGCUGCUAAAGUACCCGGUGGCAACACCUCCACCGUCCUGAGGCGCCUCACUGCCCUCACCACCUACGACAUCACGGUUCUGCCGGUCUACCGGUCUGGAGAGGGCAAAGCAAGGCAAGGAGAAGGAACGACACUGUCACCGUACAAAGGUCCGAGGAAUCUGCACACUUCAGAGCCCACCAGGACUAGUUUCAGGGUAACCUGGGACCAUGCUCCUGGUGCCGUGAAGGGCUACAAAGUCACCUUCCAUCCUGUUCAGGAUAAUAUCGACCAGAGAGAACUUGAGGUCGGUCCCUAUGACAACACUGUGGUUCUGGAAGAGCUCAGAGCUGAUACCAAAUACACAGUCAAUGUGAUUAGCAUGUUUGAAGGAGGGGAGAGCAUGCCACUGGCUGGAGAGGAGAACACCACUUACAUGGACGAUCCUGAACCUCCCACUUUUGAGCCAUCAAACGCCAUGUGUCGGACCAACGCCCAGGCCGACAUCGUGCUGCUGGUGGACGGCUCCUGGAGCAUCGGACGUCUCAACUUCAAGACUAUCCGAGCCUUCAUCGCUCGUGCGGUGGGAGUCUUUGAGAUUGGUCCUGAACGCGUCCAAAUUGCGCUUGCUCAGUACAGCGGAGACCCAAAGACUGAAUGGCACUUGAACGCUCAUAGGACCAAGGAGUCCCUGAUGCAGGCUGUGACUAACCUGCCCUACAAAGGUGGAAACACCAUGACAGGAUUGGCUUUGAACUUCAUCCUCCAGAAUAAUUUCAAAGAGAGUUUUGGGAUGCGACCCAAGGCUCGCAAAAUAGGUGUCUUGAUCACUGAUGGCAAAUCGCAGGAUGACAUCAUUCUCAGCUCUCAGAAACUACGUGACGAGGGCAUCGAGCUCUAUGCCAUUGGUGUGAAGAAUGCAGAUGAGAACGAGCUGAGGUCCAUCGCCACCGACCCGGAUGAGAUCCACAUGUACAACGUGGCUGAUUUCUCCUUCCUGCUGGACAUUGUGGACAGUCUUACUGACAACCUUUGCAACAGCGUGAAGGGACCAGGAGGUGCUCCAGAUUCAGCCACUAAUCUGGUGACAUCCGAGGUGACUUACCAGUCCUUCAGAGCCACCUGGACGGCUCCCGAAGGCACCGUGGAAAGGUACCGCGUGGAGUACAUGGUUCCGUCCGGAAGCCCACAACAGGUGUUCGUGGACGGCAGUCUGACCACCGUGGUUCUCCAGGGGCUCAACCCGCUGACAAAGUACCUGGUCAACGUGUACUCUGUGGUGGGAGAGGACAGCAGCGAGCCUCUUAGAGGAUCCGAGACCACCCUUCCCCUGAGCGCUGUGAGGAGAAUGACCAUUUACGAAGAGUCGGUGACGACCAUGCGAGUGAGGUGGGAGGAGGCGGAGGGAGCCACCGGGUACAUGCUGCUCUACAGCGCCAUCAACGCCACCCAGCCCAGUACCGAACAGGAGAUCCGAGUGGGAGCAGUGACAACUGAUGUCCAGCUGGUGAAGUUACUCCCCAACACAGCUUACACGCUCUCCCUCUUCGCCCUCCACGGAGAAUCCGCCAGUGAACCUCUUACAAAGCAGGGAGUCACCCUUCCCAUGCCGCCUGCAGGGGAACUGAGGGUUCGUGACGUUACCCACAGCACCAUGGUGCUGAACUGGGACGCUGCUCCUGGUGCCGUUAGAAAGUAUAUCCUCACCUACAAGCCUGAGGGGGGAGACUCUAAAGAACUGGAAGUGGAUGGACGUACUACCACAAGAAAACUGGACAACCUGAUCUCGCAGACAGAGUACGAUUUGGCUGUGACUCCAGUUUAUGACGAGGGACCCGGUCAGACAAUGUUAGGAACCGCCAUCACAGAUGUGGUUCCAGCACCAAAGAACCUGCGAUUCUCUGAAGUUACCCAGACCAGCUUCAGGGCCACAUGGGAGCACGGAGCCCCCGAUGUUGCUCUCUACCGUAUUGGAUGGACUAAGAAGGGGGAUACCAACUUCCAAUAUGCCAUUCUGAACAAUGACGAGAUAAGUCACGUCCUGGAGAACUUGGAGCCAGACACUCCCUAUGACGUGUCUGUCACUGCCAUCUAUCCCGAUGAAUCCGAGAGCGAGGACCUGCUGGGCACUGAGAGAACAUUGGCCAAGCAGGAUGGUAGACCAACACCUAAUGCACCUCCCACCAACUUAGUUGUGUUCAAUGAGACCAUCACUACUCUGAACGCCAGGUGGACUCCACCUCCGGGCCGCGUGACGAACUACAAGAUCACUUACGUCCCCACAGCUGGAGGCGCUACUCAGACGACCCAGGUUGGAGGAAAGAAGAACACAGUCCUGCUCCCCAAGCUGACCCCUGACACCGAAUACUCCAUCAGCGUGGUGGCAGUUUACGCCAGGGGAAGCAGCAGGGAGCUGAACGGCCUCGGAAAGACCAAGAAUUUGGGUGGUGUUAGGAACCUCCGCGUAAUCGACCCCACCACCAGCACUCUGAAUGUCCAGUGGGAGCCUGCUGAUGGGAACGUGCGCCAGUAUAGGAUCUUCUACGUCCCUGCAGCUGGAGGAAAUGAAGAUAUGGUGCAGGUCUCAGGAAGCACCUUCAACACCGUGCUGAAGAACCUGGACUCCGAUACCGUCUACACUGUGACUGUGGUUCCCGUUUACGCCGCCGGGGAGGGACAGCGCAUGUCUGAGAACGGCAAAACACUGGAGCGCAGCCCCGUCAGAAACAUCCAGGUCUACAACCCCACGACAAACACGUUGAAUGUUCGCUGGGAAGCAGCCACAGGCCCGGUGGAGCAGUACCGGGUCGUCUACUCUCCUCUGACUGGAAACCGGGCUUCUGAGUCGGUUUUGGUACCAGGGAGCACCACGACAGCUCUGCUGACUCAGCUGUUGCCAAACACUGACUACAAUGUGGGAGUCGUUGCCCUGUACAGCGACGGCGAAGGUCCCGCCGUCAGCGAUGACGGAAAGACAUUGCCCCGCAGCGGCCCCAGGAACAUGCGCGUGUACGACCCGACCACCAGCACUCUCUCUGUUAGCUGGGAACAUGCACAAGGUCCCGUCAUGCAAUACCGCAUCACCUAUGCCCAGAAGACGGGAGACCCCAUUGAAGAAAGCACAACAGUUCCUGGGAACAGAAACAGCGUGGUUCUGCCGAACUUGGAUCCAGACACACCUUAUAAUAUCAAAGUGACCGCCAUCUAUGCUGACGGGCCCGGAGGAGACCUGGACGGGGAUGGACGCACAGUGGGAAUGCUCGGCCCCAGGAACCUGCGAGUUUCUGAUGAGUGGUACACUCGCUUCAGGGUAAACUGGGACCCCGCCCCCUCCAGGGUUAAUGGAUACAAGCUGUUGUACCGGCCUGAGGGUUCUAAUGACUAUCAGGAGGUGGUAGUUGGAGAUGUGACCUCCCACCAGCUGCAUAACCUGAAACCUGGAACCACCUAUGACCUGCAGGUGCUGGCCCAGUACAACACAGGAGUCAGCGCUCCUCUGGACGGUCAAGGCACCACGUUGUACCUAAACGUGACGGACUUGACCUCCUACAAUGUGGGCUACGACUCAUACUGCAUCCGCUGGACCCCUCACAGAGCAGCCACCUCCUACAGACUCAAAACAUAUCCCUUUGACACCUCUAAAAGCGGAGCUCAGGAAAUCACGGUUAGGGCUUCAGAGAGUAACUAUUGUUUUGAAAACUUGAGCCCUGACACUCUUUACAACGCCACCGUGUACGUUCAAACCCCUAACCUGGAAGGACCUGGAGUCAGCAUCAAGGAGAGAACAUUGGUCAAGCCUACUGAGGUUCCCACUGAGCCUCCCACUCCUCCUCCUCCCGCAGUCGUCCCUCCUGCUCGAGAUGUGUGCAAGGGUGCAAAGGCAGACCUGGUCUUCCUCAUCGAUGGCUCCUGGAGUAUUGGAGAUGAGAGCUUUAACAAGGUCAUCCAGUUCGUUACAAGUAUGACCUCAGCAUUUGACGUCAUCAGCACCGGUGGCAUGCAGGUUUCAUUUGUUCAGUACAGUGAUGACGCCAAGACUGAGUUCAAACUCAACACCUACCACGACAAAGGCAUCGUGUUAUCAGCUUUGCAGACAGUCCGCUACAGAGGAGGCAACACCAAGACAGGCAUUGCUCUGAAACACAUCUAUGAAAAGGUACUGACCCCUGAAAGCGGCAUGCGGAGGAACGUCCCGAAGGUGCUGGUUGUUGUGACAGAUGGCCGCUCUCAGGAUGAAGUCAAGAAGAGCGCAGAAAAACUGCAGCACUCUGGCUACAGUGUGUUUGUGGUUGGAGUGGCUGAUGUGGACAUGAGAGAGCUGACUGUUAUCGGCAGCAAACCCAGUGAGAGACACGUGUUCGUCGUGGACGACUAUGACGCUUUUGAUAAAAUCCAGGACAACCUGAUCACCUUCAUCUGCGAAACCGCCACGUCCACUUGCCCUCUGAUCUACAUCAACGGAUUCACCACACCUGGCUUCAUGAUGCUGGACGCUUUCAACAUCACAGACCGAACGUUCGCCGGCAUGAAUGGUGUCUCCAUGGAGCCCGGAUCCUUCAACAGCUACAUUGCCUACAGGCUGCACAAAGAUUCCUUCCUGAACCAACCCACCAAGGAGAUCCAUCCAGAUGGUCUUCCCCCAUCGUACACCAUCAUCAUGCUCUUCCGCCUCCUGCCCGAUACCCCUUCUGAACCCUUUGAUAUCUGGCAGAUAUCUGACAAAGGCAACAACCCCGAGGUCGGGGUCACUAUCAAUCCUUCCAGCAAAACAGUCACGUUCUACAACAAGGACACCCGAGGAGAAAUCCAGAGAGCCGUGUUCAACGAGGAGCCCGUGAAGCGGGUUUUCCACGGUAGCUUCCACAAGAUCCACAUAACGGUGUCUCCAGAGCAAGUCAAGCUCAGCCUGGACUGCCAAGAGGUGGCAGAGAAGCCCAUCAAGGAGGCCAACAACAUCACGGUGGACGGCUACGAAGUGCUUGGCAAGAUGGUCAAGUCUGGGGGUGGACGGAGGCAGUCCGCUACAUUCCAGCUCCAGACGUUUGAUAUCGUGUGCAGCUUGAGCUGGAUCAGCCGAGACAAAUGCUGCGACCUGCCCGCCACAAGAGACGAGGCCAAGUGUCCAUCCCUUCCCCACUCCUGCACAUGCACACAAGAUAGCAUCGGGCCCCAGGGACCCUCCGGACCUCAGGGCAGCCCAGGAACCAAAGGACCCCGAGGUGACAGGGGAGACAAUGGCAAACCUGGUCCAAUGGGUCCACGUGGUGAUCAAGGAAUCCCAGGUGCUAUGGGACCACCAGGUCCUCAAGGCCCCAACGGACUGUCUCUGCCUGGAGAACCUGGUCGCCCAGGACCAAAGGGAGAUUCUGGAGACCCCGGCAGGACUGGUCUGCAAGGUUCUCCCGGGCCUCGCGGUCCUCUGGGUCCCGUUGGACCAAGCGGAGCACGGGGGCCACCUGGAAAGGAGGGAUCAUCUGGACCCAGAGGCCCACCAGGGCCCAUGGGAGGCCCUGGAAAUCCAGGUGUACCUGGAAUCACUGGAAAACCAGGGAAACCAGGAGACACAGGAAACCCAGGACCUGUUGGCCUUAAAGGAGAAAAGGGAGAGAAGGGAGAUUUUGCAUCCCAGAACAUGAUGCGCUCCAUCGCCAGACAAGUUUGUGAACAGCUUGUGAACGGCCAGAUGAGCAGGAUUGAUGCGAUGGUCAACCAGAUUCCUUCGGGAUAUCGUAGCAACAGUCCAGGGCCAGCCGGCCCCCCGGGCCCCCCUGGCACGCAGGGUUCCCGUGGAGAGCCUGGACAACCUGGCAGAUCUGGUUUCCCUGGAAACCCAGGUUUACCUGGAAAUAAUGGAGAAAGAGGUAUGGCAGGAGAGAAGGGAGAGAGAGGUUCUCCAGGACCUAGUACCAGAGGACAAAGAGGCCCCGACGGACCCCCAGGGGCCCCGGGAGAGUCAAGAACAGGUCCCCCAGGUCCUAGCGGUUCUGCUGGGCCUCGUGGUCCCCCAGGUCGUCAAGGUAUUCCAGGAGUGAGAGGACCACCAGGACCCCCUGGAUACUGCGACUCCUCUCAGUGUGUCGGCAUUCCUUACAACGGACAGGGAUACACAGGUUUUGCAUAGUAAGCUUUCUAAGUCAUCUGUGCUUACACUCUGAAGUCCUGCUUCUGAGAUGUUUGCCCACUUGCUUUGGGGCUUGUAAGGAUAAUCACCAUGGACAUAAUUAAUGAACAUUAAAACAAACUUUGCAAAAUCUAAAACAAACUGAACGGAGCGGACUGGCACUAACAUCAUCUCACAGCUGCAAGCUACAGCGAUGGCAACCUGCUGUCCUGUUUGCAUCUUGAACGACAGACCAUUGGGAAAUGAAAAACAUAAUAACAAAAGAACAGAGAAUCUGCAUCUCUACGAAGGACGCAGCAUGUAUAAAUCCCGACCAACACAUCUACUAACAAAGAGGAGAUCAUAAUAACAAUGUAGAGGUGAAAUGUGUAAAUAAAACUUUUUUUUUUGUGUUUUUGCAAAUGAAAAUGAUUGUAUUGACUUUGACAUUUCACUAAAAAUCAUGUUUUAACAUUUUCAUUGAGCUUGUGCCUCAUAACCCACUGCUUACUUACCACCAGCAUAACCUCUGUUUAUGAUGCGUAGGUGACUUAUACAGCUCUGGGAUCAUCUGACGCAUGUUUCAUUUUAAUGUCUUUUUUUUUUUUUUUCUAAUUGUCAUGGUCUUAUUUCUGACAUUGGCUAAAUCAGUGCUAAAUGUUGCUCUCCUGCCAUGUGUGUGUUUUAACUGUCCUAUCAGCUGGUCACAUUACUAUGGCUUCUUAUCACCUAUCUUUACUAGUUUAAUUGUAAAUGUUAUCAACACACUUGAAACUGUUUUUUUACUGAGGCUUUUUUGGGAGGGGGAUUUCAGGAGUUAAUAGCUUGACACAGGGCAUUUAUUUUUCAUAACAUCACUUUGUAUUGUCCUUUUCAAAUUGUGCAUGUGAAAAGUCGUGGAAGCAAUGUGUAUUUUUUUUUGAUUAGUGAAAUAUUUUUCUAGCCCCCCACUACCCGCCUGAACCCGAGAUAGUGUCGAUACCCGUGGAGUCAGCUGGAGAAAUUGAGGCAGAACAGUCACCUGGUUACAGGAGAAAUCAGCGAGGAAAGAGAUCACUACCACAAGACAAUACAGGAAGACUAGC